GCGAGAGCGAGCGUGAGAACAGGUCCUGCUCCGGCCCGGCAGCCACAGCUUCUACCUCCCCACCUCUGCAUGCCCUUCAGAACGCGCUACCUGGUGAGGCUCCCUGCCAGGCAGCUGGACACCACCGGGGAGGGUGGAAGAUUCUUCCAGUGCAGAGAACAGAACACCGUGAUUAAAUAGGACAGAUGGACUGAACGUUGCAAUCACACUUGCCUUGCUCUCAGUGAGCACAAGUGUGAAUGUCACAGGCACGCGUGAGCCCAGGCUUUCUCAGGUCGCAUUGGAGCUCAGCACUUGGUCCAGCUCCUGGUCCCCAAAUGAGCAAGACUUCCCUGGUCACACCCACAGCCUGUGAAGCCGGCUUCAAGUAGAAGUGCUCAGAAAGGAAAGCAAAGGAGAAGCGGUGACCUGCUUCCUUAAAAACAAGGCUGAACUACACAGGAGCCAGCAGGGCUCAGACGCCAAAUCACAGAAGGAAAAUGAGCCUUCUCAAAGAGCGAAAACCAAAAAAGCCACAUUACAUCCCCAGGCCCCCAGGAAAGCCGUUCAAGUACAAGUGUUUCCAGUGUCCCUUUACUUGCAAUGAAAAGUCACAUCUUUUCAACCACAUGAAAUACGGUCUUUGUAAAAACUCCAUCACUUUAGUGUCCGAACAAGAUCGCGUUCCCAAGUGCUCCAAACCAAACUCUUCGGACCCUAAGCAAACCAAUCAGCCCGACCCUGUGGUGAAGCCCACCUCUUCCAAGCCGGUCCCAAGCGGGCUCUCACACCUGGAUGCCAAGCUCCAACACGGCCUCGCCAAGGACGACAUCAAGGAAAACCUGGACCUGCACGCACGCGGGCCCCACAGGUGCCUCGGACAGAAGCCCACUCCCCACAAGGAAGCAGCGCCCCCAAGCCCAGCCCCAGAAGCUGCCGUGGGCACCCAGCCUGUUCUGGAAGGAGCUGUCCGGCCUUCAGCAUUCGUUCCAGUGGGGGAGCACAGACUCAAAGGGCAGGAGCUCAUGGAAACUCCCGAAGCGCUGGCCCUGACCCACGCCCCUGCCAAAGCCUCCUCCUUCCACACCAAGUCUGCCUUCCACGCCCCCGGCUACCCCUGGAGAGCUGGCUCACCUUUCCUCACACCCGAGUUCCCACAUAAAAUCCCAUCCACAAAGGGCUUUGGAGCCGCUUCCCCGUAUGUGCACCCCAGCAUCACGGAGUACCCACCUCAUUUUUACACGGAGCACGGACUGGCCACCAUCUACUCACCCUACCUACUCGCAGGGAACUCGCCCGAGUGUGACAGCCCCCUGCUGUCUGUCUAUGGGGCUCAAGACCAAAGACACUUCCUGCCUCACCCAGGGCCCAUCCCUAAGCACCUGAACCCGGCUCCAUCCACAUACGACCAUUACAGAUUCUUCCAGCAGUAUCACUCCAGCCUGCCAAUUCCUUACGGAUUUUACAGACCCGAGUCUGCCUUCUCCUCCUACGGCCUCAGACUCCCACCCGUGGCUGGCAUUUCACGGGACCAAAGCUCACAUCUACUGGAAGAAGCUGCCCUGGGUUACCAGGCCUUGAGUCCCUCCAAGUUAAACUCCUCCAACUCCCACAAAAAACACACAGAGUUGGAGAAGCAGAGUCCAACUCCCGAGGCUAAAGAACCUUCCAAAGAUGGGCAAAGGGACACGGAAGGGACCAAAAUGAGCCCACGCGCGGGCAGCGCGGCCACAGGCUCCCCGGGAAGGCCGAGUCCCACCAACUUCACACAGACAAGCCAGCCAUGCACUGGCCUGUGCGGCCUCUCAGAUGCGCCCGCGUCCGGUGCCCCAGGAAGGAUCCCACCACCUGAACAGGGCCUCGCAGCCUUCAAGCCCAUCAAGAAGAACACAGAGCACCCACAUUCCCAGGACCCAGAAAACAGAGCGGCAUCUCCAAAAAGCCUCGAGGCCUUGAGCACAGACGCUCCAACUCAGCUGGGGAGCCUGGAGGCCGCCCCCUCCAGCCCGGAGGACGGCUCCAGGGCGGCCCCGCUGAACCUGUCCACGAAACCAGAGGCUGAGCCGGCUGCCACGUGCAGCCCUGCCCAUGGAGGAUUCGUGGAGCCACAGGACGCGCCCCUCAACCUCUCAGUGAAGGACCCCUGCAAUGCCCUGACCUCAAGGCCCUCUGUGUGCAGCCCGCCUCGAGGGGCCGAGCCCGCCGCUGCCCCCAGCCCCUCUCCAACUCAGCAGAGGGAACCUGCAAGUUCUGGGGACGGGCCUGACCCCAGCUCUGUGGAGGCCCCGGUGCCCAGCCCCACUGGGAAGGCCCAGGAUAUACGUGCAGCUGACAGCGAUGAGCAGAAGCAGACGGCGGCCGUGGCCCUCUGCCAACUGGCAGCCUACAGCCCGGGGAAUGUCGAGCCCGCGGCCCAGGAGCCCACCUGCCGGCCAGAUGCACCCACCCCCAGGGCCCCAGAGAGCCAGGAGGCUCAGUGUGACCUCAGACCCAAAGGGCAAAAGAGGACGAGCCCCAGGGAGGUGGGGAAGGGCCAGCAUGGAUCCAAGAAGGCGAAGCCCAGUGACACAGCCAGAGUGUUCACGCUCCGGAAGAGAACUCGAGUGUCUUAGAGCCACUCCCAGGCAGCCAGAGCUGCAGCCACAAGACGACUUGCAAUGUAGGCAAGACAGCAGCAAACCCCCACCUGGCCCUCACUUUUCUCGUCUGGUCAAUUUUGACAACUCAGUUGUCUUCUUCACAAAAUAGGGGGGAAAAAAAAAAGAUAAAACUGCAACUCAACCCAGUUUUGUAAAUAUUAAGCAUAAAUGUUAAAAGGUGCUUCUACUUCUGGCUGUAAAAUAUUUGAAUGACUCACACUUUAGGACCUGAUGCAAAAUGUCAAAUGAAAUGCACAGGACCGAAAGGUAACUUUUAAGUGUUAGCAUCUUAGAGGAACUCUCUUUAAAAAUACUUUUCUUAUUUUUAAUUGUUUUUCUAUUAUGUCUACUAUGUAUUUCCAAGUAAAGAACAAUUACUGGGGGGAAAAAAUGCCAGGAAAAGACAUUUCCGGUACUAGCAUUAAAGUGCUAUAUGUAAAAACGCUGUUUGUUAUGACUGCAUCACAGACAGCAAAAGGCUAUUUAUACAAGUAAUUUAUUUCCACCGGGAAGAACGCGUUGCGGGGAAGCCAGUCUCCACGCGCUCGGUCUUCACUACAUUACAGCGUGUCUUCUGACACACUCGCCUGGUUUUCCACUCCCUAAAAUGAUGUAUGUGUUGCUAAUUCUCCAAUAAACUCGUAGGUAAAAUUCGAGGUUACGUAAGAAGAAGAAAAGCAUAAAUGCUGUGUUAUA